AAUAAGAUUCGUCUCCCUUAAAUUUGGCAUUCUGGGAUGGAAUUCGCCAUCAAUCAGGAAAAGGGUGUUAAUCGCGAGAAAUCGAUUUUCGUCAUCAUUAUGGAACGACUGAAGCUUGAACGCAAAAAGUGAUUUGCAAUCAUUUUAGUGCAUUUCUUGAAUUAAACAACACACAUUUUAUUGAUUAUAAGUGCAAUAAGGAGCAGAAUGACGAGCCAUCAAACUGUGCAAGAGAAGCAAAAAUCACUGAAAGUGAAAAAAGCAAAGAGAAAACUGUUUAGGGCCAAUGAACCAUUGUUGAGUGUAUUCAUGUGGGGAAUUAAUCACUCGGUUAUGGAGCUGAAUCAUGUAACGAUUCCUGUCAUGUUGAUGCCAGAUGAUUUCAAAGCCUACACAAAAGUUCGGGUGGACAAUCAUCUGUACAAUAAUGUAGACUUGGAAACAGGGGAGAACAUGCCAAGUCAUUUCAAAAUAAAGGAGUACUGCCCAAUUGUGUUCAGAAAUCUACGGGAGCGCUUUGGAAUCGAUGAUCAAGACUAUAUGAACUCAUUAACCAAGCAGCCACAGGGUAUGGACUCACCAGGGCGCAGUGGGGCCCGCAUGCUACUGUCUCAUGACAAACGGUACUUCAUCAAAACUCUAGUCAGUGAGGAAGUGGAACAGAUGCACCACCUUCUCAAGCAAUAUCAUCAGCACAUCGUGGAGUGUCACGCUAACACGAUGUUGCCCCACUACCUGGGGAUGUACCGGAUCACGGUGAAUGACGUGGAGACGUACCUAUGCGUGAUGAGAAACGUGUUCAGCCCACGACUACCCAUACACAAGAAAUAUGAUCUGAAGGGCUCGACUGUUGACCGAUGUGCCAGUGACAAGGAAAAGGCAAAGGAGUUGCCCACCUUCAAGGACAAUGACUUCUUGGAAGAUGAGGCUAAAGUUAACAUCGGGGCAGAGGAGAAGGCAGAACUGAUGAACAAACUGACCCGCGAUGUGAACUUCUUGGCCAGUCUGCACCUAAUGGACUACAGUCUGAUCGUGGGCAUCCACGACUGCGACAGGAUCGAGCCCGAGGGCUCGGACAUCAAUGCCCAGAAUAGCGAGUCUGACGGGGAGCCUGUGAGUGGGGAAGACGAGAACGGGCUCGAGGAACAGGUGCCAGACAUCGGCGGGUUCGCACCCACACCGCCCGACAGCCCACAACCAUACGGGCCUGUGCCGGCAUUCAACGGGGACAUAGAUCCGAACAUUGAGAAGUUCGGAGUGAAGAGUUUGGAAGGAGGACCAAAGAAGGAGAUUUACUUCCUUGCACUUAUAGACAUUCUGACACGGUAUGGAAUGAAAAAGCGCACCGCUCUUGCCGCAAAGACGAUGAAACAUGGCGUUGGGGCGGAGAUAUCCACCGUUCAUCCCGAUCAAUAUGCAAAACGGUUCCUUGAAUUUAUCGACAAGUGUAUAGCGUGACAGUCGAUGCAGUCAAAGUGAUAUUUGUUUGUUAAGUGUUAACGUUUUUACAUGUUACAGGGGUGAGAUUUCUCCUCCUUUCAGCUGUCAGCUCCAUAACAAUGUAAAAAUAAUUUUACAAAUAGGUAUUAACAAUGCUGGAUCUAAAUACAAAUGAAGAGUUUAGUUAAAACCUGUAAGAGUGGUAGGGAAUUUUUCUCCGUUGAGGUGGUUCUUAAAUCACAACACUGUUAGAAGUUUGUUUACAAGAGGGACAGAAACUAAGUUGUGUACGGUAGGUUGCCGAGACGGGUAACUAUCCUUAGUACAUUGGUUGACUGGGCAAAAAAAAAGGAGCCCAGACCGGUAACUAUCCUUACAUUGGUUGACCGGGCAGAGAAAAAGGAGCCCAGACGAGUAACUAUCCUUAGUACAUUGGUUGACCGGGCAAAGAAAAAGGAGCCAAGGACCAAGUACAUGUCGUAAUUAUCUUAUGCUUAAAUUGAAGAAAAUCAAAUCAAACAACAAUAUAAUAUUUCUGCCACGACUCAAUUUAUAAUGCUCUUUCAUGAGCCUAGAUGUUCAUUCUUUAAAACACAUAAAGUUAUCAGCAGUGGAGGAAAUGGUUCAAGCUUUAAGGGAAAGCUGGUUGCCCUGUCGCACAAACAACUUUUGAAAUGAACUUGCCUAGGCCUCAAGUUCAAGUUUUUUUAGCUCACCUGAGCACAACGUGCUCAUGGUGAGCUUUUGGGAUCGCCUGUCGUCCGUCGUGCGUCGUCAAUAUUUUGCCUUGUGAACACUAUAGAGGCCACAUUUUUUUGUCUGAUCUUCAUGAAACUUGGUCAGAACAUUUGUCCCAAUGAUAACUCGACCGAGUUCGAAACUGGGUCAUGCUAGGUCAAAAACUAGGUCACUAGUUAAAAAAAAACCUUGUGAACAAUGUAGAAGUCACAUUUGAUGCCCAAUCUUCAUGUAAUUUGUCAAAAUGUUUGUCUUAAUGAUAUGUUGAUUGAGUUCAAAAAUGGUUUCGGUCAAUUGAAAAACAUGGCUGCCAGGGGGCGGGGCAGUAUUCCUUAUGUGAAUCUUCAUGAAAUUUAAGUCAAAACUUUGGUUUCAUUGAUAUCUCGGACAAAUUCGAAAAUGGUCCAGAUCGGUGAAAAAACAUGGCCGCCAGGGGGCGGGGCAGUUUUCUCUAUAAGUAUAUAGUGAAAAACAUGUGAACACUCUAGAAGACACAUUUUUUGUCCAAUCUUCAUGAAAUUGGUUCAAAACAUUUGUUUCCUGGAUACGACGGUUGAGAUCGAAAAUGGUUCAGAUCGGUAAAAAAAACAUGGCCGCCAGGGGGGGGGGGGGGGGUCAUAUUCCUUAUAUUUAUAGAGUAAAAAAAGUUUGUGAACACUCUAGAAGCCAUAUUUUUUGCCUAAUCAUCUUGAAAUUUUGUCUAAACAUUGAUUUUAUAGAUAUCUCGGACGAGUUCGAAAAUGGUCAUGAUCGGUGGAAAAACAUGACUGCCAGGGGUAGGGGAAGUUUUCUCUAUAUGUAUAUAGUGAAAACAUGUGAACAGUCUAGAAGACACAUUGUUUGCCCAAUCUUCAUGAAAUUUGGUCAGAAGAUUUGUUUCCUGGAUACAAUGGUUGAGUUUGAAAAUGGUUCAUAUCCAUAAAAAAACAUGGCCACCAGGGGGGGUCAUUUUCCUUAUAUUUAUAAAAAAAAGCUUGUGAACGCUUUAGAAGUCGCAUUUUUUGCUUAAUCAUCAUGAUAUUUGGUCAAAACAUUGGUUUUGUGGAUAUCUCGGACAGGUUUGAAAAUGGUUGUGAUCAUUUGAAAAACAUGGCCGCCAGGGGGUGAGGCAGUUUUCUCUAUAUGUAUACAGUUUACAUGUGAACAGUCUAGAAGACACAUUUUUUGCACAAUCUUCAUGAAAUUUGGUCAGAACAUUUGUUUCCUAAAUACGACGGUUGAGUUCCAAAAUGGUUCGGAUCGGUAAAAAAAAACAUGGCCGCCAGGGGGGUCUUUUUCCUUAUAUUUAUAUGGUAAAAAAGCUUGUGAACACUCUAGGAGUCACAUUUUUAGCUAGUUCCUUCGGGUCUCAGGUGAGCGCCUAAGGGACCGUGGCCCUCUUGUUUUAUUAUUAUUAUUGUCCCCUACCGGUUUUACCGGAGGGGACUUAUGGUUUUCGCUCUUUAUGUGCGUCUGUCACACAUUUCUGGAUCCUGCAAUAACUUUAAAAGUUCUUCAUAUUUUUUCAUGAAACUUGAAACAUGGAUAGAUGGCAAUAUGGACAUGAUCCACAUCAUUUCAUUUUCUUCCUAAGUCAAAAAUUCUGGUUGCUAUGGCAACAAAUAAAAAAAUCUGACAAUGGUGGAGCCGGUAGGGGACAUAUAUUGCUUGGCAAUAGUCUUGUUAUUUUUAUGGUAAAAAAAUAUUACCAUGUUUCAAAAUAUGUACUGAACAAUAGCUGUUGUUUUACUGUGUCACAUGUUAUUGUAAAAUUCCAGUAUUGAAUUGUUUGCUGUCAGCAAAAUCUCAUUUAUUAUAAGUUUUAUUUCUUAAAAGACUGAACCAAUCAAUAAGGCAGAGAAAAAGACUCAACCAAUCAAUAAGAUAAGUAUUUCACAGUCAUAAUAUAAUGCUACAAUUAUUGAGAAUUGUAUCAGAAUGUUUGUAUGUAACUUAAUUGUAAACAUUUAAUUUUGCUUGGUAUGAAAUUGGUUUGUAACCAUUUAUUAUUAUACAUGUUCUUGUUGUCAACCAUGUAGGGCCCAUAUUCCCCUAACCCCUUAAUAGGGAAAGCAGAUAGAAAAUCUUUUAUAUCUUAAAAUUCUAUAAUUGUUUGGCUAUUUGUUGUUUAGAUGUUUUUAUAGAAGCAUGUUUUAAAACAAGCACUUAAUACAGAAAUGAUUAAUAUUUAAUCCUUUAGUAAGUAGAAAACAUGUUCCUGAUAUUUUAUAGAAAAACAUUUUAUCUUAAAAUACAUGGUUUGUUAAGAUAUCCCUACGGAGUUUUGUGAAAAUGGGCCCUAGCAGAUAUGUUAAUCCAAAUAUUGCUGAGAGAGGGUGAAAUCUUAUAAUCUGAAUAAUCUGUAUGAGAAAAAAUCAGUUUAAAUCUCUACUCAUGAAUGAUGCACAUGUACGUGUACAUUUAUUAUCUUAUCGUUACACAUUUAUGUGCAUAUAUUACUCAUUGGUCCAAGGGGUAAAACAGAUAUAUUUUACACUUUGCCUUCAUUAUACAUGUCCUUAGGUGUUGUUAACAUGUUUGUCAAGUGUAUAUAUAACAUGUCAAAAAGUGAAAGUGUGAAACUCAGCAAUUAAAGUGCGCAAUACCAUAUUGAUCCAAGGUGUACACUGGAAAUAUGAUACUAUUUGCCUUCAUUAUACAGUUCCAUAGAUGUUGUAAACAUGUUUGUAAAGUAUAAACAUGUAGUUAACAUGUAAAAAAGGGACAUUUUGAAACUCAGCAAUUAAAAUGCACAAUAAAAGUUGAUUACAAUGUAAUUCUCACUGUCUCACAUUUCACAUGCUGUCAAUGCUUCCAGUAAAAGUGUUGUUUAAUGCUAUUCAUUGAAUUUUUUAGGAGGUAACUGAAGUUAUGUAUUUCUAAUCCUAUAUGCUGGCAGCUUUGUUUCAAUGGAUUAUAACAACUGGCAUUGAUUAACUGAAACUUUUACCUGUUUACCAUGUUUUAAUUGUUUUUGCCUUCAAUGAGUUCUUUGACGAUUGUUAGGUUGAUUCAUGCAUACUAUCCAUACUUCUGUGCACGUUGUUCUCGAAUAAUAUGAGCCGCGUUCUGUGGACACUGGGCUUGAUGCAUGUGCAUAAAGUGUCGUCCAAUAUUAGCCUGUGCAGUCUGCACAGGUUCAUCUGGGAUGAAACGUUCUGCUUAGACUAGACUAUCAUUUAGAAGAGACAUCCAUUUAACAAAAAAUUCCAUACAAGCGGAAAGUGUUGACCCUGAUAAGCCUGUCUGGACUGCACAGGCUAAUGUAGGACGACACCACACAUGCAUUUAUCUAAGUUUUCCCAGUAUGCAACUCAUAUCAUUAUCCUUGAGUUAUUUUCAUUGUUGGUCAGUAUUUGUAAUUAUUAUAUGAUGGUCAAUUUGUUAACCGUUUGCCACUCAGAUAUGCACUUAGAUGCAUUUGUAGCCCCUUAAAUCAAGUUGAAUUUUAGACCUAUCUUAACAGAUUCAAGUUGUGGAGCCUUCAUUUCCAAUGCUGAUGAGCAGCAAACAGCAUAAAACCGGAACAGAUUGCAAGUUACUAGCAGGCUGUCUUGUUUUGAUGCUGUUCACAUACUUUGUUUCUGAGCGGGAGAGGGUUAACAUUUCAUACUUCACAUUUCACCAUGCUAGAAUACUAUGUUAUUGGGUUAUUUGACAGCGUAGUG